AUGCCGACACUACGCAGAGCCGCGAAGAGGUCCGAAGAGGCCCACUACGACGGUCUUCAGGUCGAUGAGUCUACGCGCGCCCUCGAAACCGUCGCGGCGAAUCUCGAAUCCGUGACGUCGCACCCCGAGAGCGGUGUCGUCGAGGCGCUGGGUGUUGUCAAUGAUGCCACUGAAGUGGUCGCACGCAAGGCGGAUGAUGCUAUCGUCACGACCAAGGAGGCGGUUGCGUCAAAGGUCGCGAGCAAAGGCCGGUCGAAACUGCCGACCGUCCUCCAGUUCCCUCUUGUCACGCUGCUGAGCUUCAGCGUCUCAAGCCUGUGCUACAGCUUCCUCAAUGAGUGGAGUGGUGGGGAGCUCAUGAAUGUGGGCAAGAGCCUGGAUACCUGGGGCGAGGUUGGGGGUUCUGGCGGGGCUGGGGAUUUCUACCUCUUGUCCACCUUUUACAACAUUAGCACGCCGACCGUGCUGUCGGCUCUCGGCAUUGAGAUGCUCUCCACCUUUGCGCCUUUCACUGCCCUUCGACCCCUCUCGGGCGCCCACGCCCCCGGUUCCAAGGGAGUCGCGAACCGCGAGAUCAUCACCGAUGCGCCUAUCCAGAUCUACACCACUCUCCUCUCGGCCUUGAUCUACGGCAUCACCCUCUUCAUCGCCCUGCACACGUUCCUCCCGACUAGCCUGAUCCUCUACUUUGAGAACAUUCCUAGCCUGACGCCUGCCUACACGGCGAACUACCUGACUAUCCUGCCCAUCACCUUGGCUUUCGGCUUCGCGGCGCGCACCUUCAUCUUCACGCCCUUUGCCGCGACGGGCCGCAGCAAGGAGGACGGCCGCCUGGGCGAGUUCGAUCCCGUUACCGCGACGCUCGGCGAGACAGUCGCGUUCAACCUCUGGGGCUACACCUCGCGCGCCAAAGUCAUCAUUCUCCGCACCGGAGUUGCGAUGGCCGUCACGGGCAUCAACACGUACCUGCAGACGCACAUGACAGUCGGCGGGGUCGAGACCCGUGGUGCCGCGGCGUAUGCCCUGCCGUGGGUGGGCGCGACAUUCUUCACGGGGUUGGCGCUCGCCUUUGUUGGUGGUGAGGCGUAA